UAUAUUUUGCUUGUUCUCUCUCUACAGGCCACAAUGGCACUAAUAUACUAUGAACAAGUUCAACUAAAAUACUAAAUAAAUAUGGACUAUAUAACUCAAGAUAUAUGUACUAAAGCAAAAGAAAAGUUGUUGUAGUAUCCUGGUAUUUUCGCAGACAACACCUACGUAGUCAAGGGACAUGAGAUUACUUAACAGAAAGGUAAAGCUCUCUUUCAACCUCAAAACCGUUCUCCAAUUUGUAGAAAGAGCAAAGAUCAGAAACUGCAGGCACUUCUUAUUUCUAGCUUAUGGUAAAAGAUGUACCGUGGAAGAGAAGCAUCAUCUUCAUCAUCAUCAACAUCAAAGAUGCCCAGUUGGCUAGAGUCUCAGUAUUCGCUUAAAAGGAGACUGAUCGAGGAGGAUGAUUUCGAAUGGAAACUACCCACAUCAUCAUCAAGCAUCAAAGAUGGUCAUAAAGUGUUGUUGAAGUAUGUGGGUGGUGUUGAUGUCAGUUUCUUGAAAGAAGAUCCGUCUGUUGCUUGUGGGUCACUUGUUGUUUUGGAUCUCCAAACUCUCCAACUUGUUUACCAGGAUUACUCUCUUGUCCGUCUUCGUGUCCCUUAUAUCGCUGGCUUUCUCGCCUUCAGAGAGGUUCCAAUACUUCUACCACUUAUUGAGAAGAUGAAGAACAGUCAAAAUCCUUACUACCCACAGGUGAUAAUGGUAGAUGGCAAUGGAAAGCUUCAUCCUCGAGGUUUUGGCCUGGCUUGUCAUCUGGGCGUUAUGGCUAAUAUUCCCACCAUUGGGGUUGGAAAGAAUCUGCAUUAUGUGGAUGGUCUUAAUGAAGAAGAAGUGGGAGAACUUCUUCGAGCCAGAGGAAGAAGUGGUGAAGAUUUUGCCAAACUGAUAGGGAACUCCGGUUGCACAUGGGGAGCAGCAAUGAGAGCUACAAGGGGAUCCUAUGAUCCUAUAUAUAUUUCGAUUGGUCACCGGAUAUCACUAGAUACUGCCAUCAACUUGGCGAAAAUGACUCGCAAGUAUCAUUUGCCAGAGCCUGUACGACAGGCUGAUUUAAGAUCAAGAGAAUACAUCCGGAACCAUAAAUCAACGUUGUUAAGUCUGGCAGAUGGAUCUUGGAAAACGACUACUGCAAUUCAUCUGUUCAAUGACAUGGUCAGUUCUGCUGUGCUGAGGGGUUUCCCUAUGUAUUUAAAUGGACUAGAAGGCUUCUGUAGAUGGCACUUAACAGAUUUGCACACGACUGAUGAGUGUGAGAUCUUCAGGAGUUUCUUAAUAAAAAAAGUUUAUUAUGAGAAUUAUGUUCUCACUGAGGAGCAGCUUUUUGCUAUGCGGCUUGAGGACUUUCUUAUUUCCAAUGGCAAAAGACUCCUCAGAUUCUUGAGAGAUUGACGAGGUCCAUUUUUAUCCAAGAAGAAAAAAGCACUCACAUGUUGUAUAUGCUUCCAUUCCUCUUUCCUACGCUGCAGCUGUGAGAAGAGUUGUUUCCGGAAAGCUUCAUAAUCCAUUGUGGCUGAUUCAAUACCACCAGUGACAUGAAUAUUUAAUUUGAUUGAGAUUGUGAGGUUUCAACCAAAUGCAAUCCCUUGGUUGAUAAUAUCCUCAAUCCAGUUGGUUGUUCA